CUCGACUAUCUAUAUUACCUUUCCCCUCUUUAUUAGCUGCAUCGUGUCGUCAUGUCUAAUGAAAAGCUUGAGUAACUAAACUAUAUCUUAUCAAUUCUUCUUGCCGAGGACCGUCCGGUGCUGUCGUCAUUACAAUUAUAAAAGGUUAAGCAGCGGCCCCUCACCUUCAACCAAGUUUGUUUGCAAAAUCAUCCUCAUCUUCCUACCCAAGCUCUGCGAUCCCCCCCCCCCUGCCCGCUUCCUCUCAGAACCAGUCGAGACAUAGCAAAGCAUACGUACUGCACGACAUAUAAUGGCUCCCUCUGCCCUUGUGACCGCGCCCGACGCCGAGACGGCCAGCCUGGCCGCCAAGGGUAUCAUCAAGCCUGUUGCCAAGGCUGGCGUUGACUCCAAGGCCAUCGAAGGCAUGAUGGGCCAGUGGGACUCCUUCACCUUCUCGCCGAUUCGCGAGAGCCAAGUGUCUCGCGCCAUGACGAGCCGGUACUUCUCGGACCUGGACUCGUACGCCGAGUCUGACAUUGUCAUCAUCGGCGCCGGCUCCUGCGGCUUGUCAGCCGCCUACACGCUCGGGAAGCUGCGCCCAGACCUCAAAAUUGCAAUCAUCGAAGCCGGCGUGGCGCCCGGCGGGGGUGCCUGGCUGGGCGGUCAGCUUUUCUCGGCAAUGGUUAUGCGCAAGCCAGCUGAUGCCUUUCUGACCGAGGUUGGCGUUCCAUUUGAGGACGAGGGCAACUUUGUCGUCGUUAAGCACGCAGCUCUCUUCACGUCCACCAUCCUGUCCAAGGUGCUGCAAUUCCCCAACGUCAAGCUAUUCAACGCCACCACUGUUGAGGAUCUCAUUACCCGUCGUCAUGUCGACGGGUCUGAGGACGUUCGCAUUGCAGGUGUUGUCACCAACUGGACCCUGGUCUCCAUGCACCAUGACGAUCAGUCCUGCAUGGACCCCAACACCAUCAACGCACCGCUCAUCAUUAGCACCACUGGACACGACGGUCCCUUUGGCGCCUUCUCGGUCAAGCGCCUUGUGAGCAUGAAGCAGCUCGAGCAACUUGGCGGCAUGCGUGGCCUUGAUAUGCAGACAGCGGAGGAUGCUAUUGUCAAACGCACCAGGGAGAUCGUGCCAGGACUCAUCGUGGGUGGCAUGGAGCUGUCCGAAGUUGAUGGAGCCAACCGGAUGGGACCUACGUUCGGCGCCAUGGCCCUGAGUGGCGUCAAGGCGGCCGAAGAAGCACUAAAGAUCUUCGAAGUCAGGAAGGCCGAGAGCGCGCAGUAAGCCCUGGGUACCGAUUUCGAGUUUCAGUCACUGGAGAAGUGGCAUUACGCCUAUCUGUCAUUCUUUCUCUUUCGGCACUGAGCAGGCCAUGCGGGUAUACUCAUCAUAAACACAUGUAGUCAACUAAAGAAAAAUGUCCUGUAUGAUGAGGCCCUUUUUAGGUACUUAUUUCCGAUGGGCGGGAUGACAAACAUAUUGCUAUGGCCUGACCAAUACACUCUUUUAACGACG